CGGGCCGCUCAUUCAGCGCCUGCCUCCCCGCGGGACGCGCCGAGCCCGGCUGCUGCCCAGGGAGGGGUCCGGCCCCGGGGGUUCCCUGCAGCGCCAUGGCGCAGCCUCUGCUCCCGCUCCUGGCCUGGUGCGCGCUGGCAGCUCUGGCAGGGGCCGCGCAGGGCUCGUUUGAGGUGAGCGUUUCGCCGGAAGCUGCCAUGGUGGAGCACGGAGGGUCCGUCUGGAUAAACUGCAGCCACACGUGCCAGGAUCCUGGCGCCAGGGGCGGCCUGGAGACCUCACUCACCAAAACCGAUAGUAAAGGUGGACCUGGGUGGGCGGCCUUUCUCCUCAUCGGUAUCACGGAGUGGGUGUCGGCCCCUCAGUGCUACUUCACCUGCAGUGGAGUUACGAAUGUGGCGGCUGCAAACAUCUCCGCUUACCGGCCGCCGGAGCGGGUGGUGCUGGAGCCGCUCCCCGAGAUGGAGCUGGGCCGGGCCUAUAACCUGACGUGCCGGGUUCUGAACGUGGCUCCCGUCACGCGCCUCACCGUGACCCUCCGCCAGGGGGGACGGACCCUGCACACGGAGACCUUCCAGAACCGCACCGGGACCGGACCCGACAACGUCACAGUGACCCACGAGAUCAUCCCUCGGCGCUGGGACCACGGGCAGGAGAUCACCUGCCACGCAGCCCUGGACCUGAGGCCGCACGGGCCCCACUUCGAAAACAGCUCCUCUGCGGUGGAGCUCAAGGUUUAUGAUCUCCCAGAGGAGCCCCAGCUCCGAACCUCCCUCUAUAUCGAGGUGGGCACCAGGGCGCCCGCCCGCUGUGCGGUGGCCGGGGUGUUCCCCGCCGUGGGAGAGGCCCGGUUCACCCUGUCCUUCGGGGGAGAGAGCCUGAACCUCACCGUCAUCACGUCGGGCGACACGGCCACCGCCCUGGGCGAGGUUUGGUCCCCGUCCCCGGGACAGCACCAGCUGAGCUGCACCGUGACCGUGGGGCCCGUGUCCAGAUCCACAGGGCGGAGCGUUCUCGUUUACAGUCUCCCCGUGCCUGUGCUGGAGGUGACUGAGUCCCGGACCCGCGUUAACAGCAGCGUGAUCGUUACAUGCCGUUCCCCUGAGGCCAACCCCCAGGGCGUCCUGCUCCAGCUCAGCGACGCCAAGGGAGUCCUGGUCUCCAGCCCCCCCGCCCAGCCCCGUGUGCAGCUCCAGCUGACGGCCAGCGAGGAAGACGACGGGAGGGAGUUCACGUGUGAAGCAAGCCUUGGCUCAGGCAUCCCCGCCGUGAAACGCACGUCCGCCAGGCUCACUGUCCUCUACGGGCCCAGGAUGGACGACUCCGGCUGCCCCAGGAAGUGGAUCUGGAAGGAGGGGACGGAGCAAAGCUUCUCCUGCCUGGCCCGGGGGAACCCAGUGCCAGUCGUGGGGUGCACGAAGGACGGGGUGUCUGUCAGCAUCGGGGUGCAGCGGCAGGUCAGCAGAGAGGACGCCGGGACCUACCACUGCAACGCAUCCAACGCGCACGGCUCGGCCAGCCGGGAUGUGACCGUCCAGGUGGAGUAUCUCCCCGAGGAGCCCCAGCUCCAAACCUCCCUCUAUAUCGAGGUGGGCACCAGGGCGCCCGCCCGCUGUGCGGUGGCCGGGGUGUUCCCCGCCGUGGGAGAGGCCCGGUUCACCCUGUCCUUCAGGGGAGAGAGCCUGAACCUCACCGUCACCACGUCGGGCGACACGGCCACCGCCCUGGGCGAGGUUUGGUCCCCGUCCCCGGGACAGCACCAGCUGAGCUGCACCGUGUCCGUGGGGCCCGUGUCCAGAUCCACAGGGCGGAGCGUUCUCGUUUACAGUCUCCCUGAGCCUGUCCUGGAGGUGACUGAGUCCCGGACCCGCGUUAACAGCAGCGUGACCGUUACAUGCCGUUCCCCUGAGGCCAACCCCCAGGGCGUCCUGCUCCAGCUCAGCGACGCCAAACAAGUCCUGGUCUCCAGCCCCCCCGCCCAGCCCCGUGUGCAGCUCCAGCUGACGGCCAGCGAGGAAGACGACGGGAGGGAGUUCACGUGUGAAGCAAGCCUUGGCUCAGGCAUCCCCGCCGUGAAACGCACGUCCGCCAGGCUCACUGUCCUCUACGGGCCCAGGAUGGACGACUCCGGCUGCCCCAGGGAGUGGAUCUGGAAGGAGGGGACGGAGCAGAGCUUCUCCUGCCUGGCCCGGGGGAACCCAGCGCCAGCCGUGGGGUGCACGAAGGACGGGGUGUCCGUCAGCAUCGGGGUGCAGCGGCAGGUCAGCAGAGAGGACGCCGGGACCUACCACUGCAACGCAUCCAACGCGCACGGCUCGGCCAGCCGGGAUGUGACCGUCCAGGUGGAGUACUUCGACAUCGUGCCGUUGGUCCUGGGGCUGGUCGCUGCGGGUGCUGUUGGGGCCGGACUAGCCGCGUGGGGCUACAUGUACUAUCGCUCCAAGAGAAUCCGCAAGUACCGGCUCAGACAGCAGCAGGCCAAGCAGGCCAAGCCGGCCGAGCAGAUGAGCCUGAACGGGGCCGCCCAGAACACACCCGCUGUGGAGCACAGCGUCUAGGCCUGGAGUGCAGGACCCGGAGCCCUGGGGCUCCUCGCUGCUGCUUUACCCUUCGCCCGCGGGGCGGCCCCGUUAACCCUUGGGAUGCUGGGCAGUGCCAGGAGCCUGGCGGUUCAUGGCCUCUGCGCUGGCAGCCCGGGGCCCUCCCUUGCACACCCCAGCUGCUCUCCGGAGAGGGAGGGAGGCGCCCGGAGCGGGGCAGACACCCCAGGACCUCCAGGGCUGGAAUCUCCCAUGUCCUUGGCCGGAGGGACGUCUGGCUGCAGCUGAGCUCUGCCCCGCUGGGGAAGCAGGUGGCUGGGAGCCCCCCGGCGCAGCAGGAAACACUAAGUCGGAACAGUUGUGCCGGGAGGGGAACGGCGAUAACGGCUGCCUCCAACCACUUCUCCUAGCGAUGGGGAAGGCGCCUCCGAGCCGCACAGGAGCCCUGCCCCCGCUGGGGCCGCGGCCGCCCGGGGCGCGUGCGAAGGGACCCACGGGAUCACUGUGAAAACGGUUCAACACUAACCAGACGGGCUUUGGGAUCGCCGGGUCUGUGCACUGAGACGGGCCGGGGAGUCCGUUACUCGGAUCAGCUGAAUCGCAAGACCCUAUGUCCCCGCUCCCGCCCUGUAUCCCCGGCCACGGCGCAGACUCAGGGACACCAGGUCUCCCUGUCCUGUGGGGCUGAGCUGGGCUUUGCGGCGUGGCAGGGAGCAGGGUCUGUGCUCCUCGGGCCGGGGCGGGAGGGGGCAGGAGGUCAAUGACGGUGUGACAAAGUGGGAAUGUUCUUGAUGUGUUAUUUGAAUGCUGAGUGGGGAGCGUUGGCCUGGGAAGGGUGCAGGGGAGUUUUGCUGGGACUGGCUGCAUUGGGGAAGGGAGGACACCUGAGCAUGUGACAUGUGAACCCAGGUGACACCUCUGCCCGGGAAACUGGACAAAGGACACAAAGGCUGGG